AUGGCUACCAACAUCACCUUCCACGCCGCCGGCCUAACCCGCACCGAGCGCGAGACCGAGCGCAACCAGCGCGGUCUCACAAUCUGGCUGACCGGCCUCUCAGCCUCCGGCAAGUCCACCAUUGCCGUCGAGCUCGAGCGCCAACUCCUCCGCACCCGUAACGUGCACGCCUACCGUCUGGACGGCGACAACAUCCGCUUCGGCCUGAACAAGGACCUCGGCUUCAGCGAGGCCGACCGCAACGAGAACAUCCGCCGCAUCGGCGAGGUCGCCAAGCUCUUCGCCGACUCGGCCUCCAUCGCCAUCACCUCGUUUAUCUCGCCCUACCAGAAGGACCGUGACUCUGCGCGCGCCCUGCACGAGACUCCCACCCCGGCGAGACUGCCGGUCUGCCCUUCGUCGAGGUCUACGUUGACGUCCCCGUUGAGGUUGCUGAAGCAGCGCGACCCCAAGGGUCUGUACAAGAAGGCGCGUGAGGGUAUUAUCAAGGAGUUCACUGGUAUUAGUGCGCCUUAUGAGGCGCCUGCCAACCCUGAGGUGCAUGUUAAGAAUGUUGAUAUCUCGUUGCAGGAGGCUGUUGAUCAGAUUAUCAACUACCUCGAUUCUAAGGGAUAUCUGCCUCCUAAGAAGGAGUAA